AGCAGAGAAACACUACAGGAUACCACCAAGGAGACAAACAGCAAGCGGAAAGAAGAAACCUCAACACCUUUCUCUGUGUACGGAUACAGAUACGAAACCCACUUCCACUCUCAUCCUUCCAGCAUCAUCCUCUUGCUUCUUUCACAUUGCAGAAGAGGAACUAGUGCUCUCUCUUUUUCUCUCUCUCUCCUCCGUCAGCCUUUUGCGAAGCUCCGACAGUGCAGCGUAUCGCUUUCUCCACUCCCUCCCCCCCAAAGCGCGCCACCAUCUCUCCCUCCACCCUCAACCCCCUUCCCCCCAGGAGGAAUAGACGGAUUACUGCUAACUGUGCACACGGCAGCUUGCAGCUGCUCUGACCAGGGCCAGCCCAACGUCAGGAGAAAGCAAGAAGAACAUAGAGGAGGAGAGGAGAGGGGGAUGACUGUGCCGGGAGUUCUUUAGCCUUUUUCUGCCUCUCAGUCUCUGUCAUAACAGGGCUAAUCAGCGACCGACAAGCCCUUGGCAAAGUCACAGUGAGGGAGGUCUCUCACCCAAACAGGCGACCAACCAACGAGCCAACACAUGUACCAGGAGCUGACUGAACAGGGGAUUUUUUUUUUGUUUGUUUUAAAUUUAUUUCCAGAUAGUCACUUUUUCUCUCCCCCCUUCUGUUGCAAUUAACUGCGUAAUGGAUCAUUGUGAUUUUUCCACAGUGGAGCUGAAUUUUGGAGUCUGCAGCCUGGCAGGGGGUUGGUUAUUGGAGGCAGAAGAGAUCUAGGCACCGGCUAAGACUUUAUGACCUUACCUAUGGCUGUGAGUUUUUUCUAGGCUGCUCUCAGUCUAUAAUAUCAGGAGCCAUUUUGUACCUUUGGCUAAUAAAGGGCCACAUCACUUUUUUCCAAAAGACAGGACAAAAAAUCUUCUUUCUCAUGUCAUUCUACGGAAAGGAAUUAUAAAUACCCGUGAUGGAAGACUGUUGCUUUUAAGAUUUGCAAAGAGGCAACAAGGACCAAUUUCAAACUAAUGAGCACCUUCCUGCACUGUCAAUGGAACUUGGGAGCCUUGAGUUGCUCCAGCCAGGCUAGUGUGGUCUGUCCUUUGGUUUGUGCCGUCUCCCCCCACCAUGCUGAAUAAUGAGCCCUCCACACCAUGAGUCCUUUGGGCCAGGUUAGUGUGCAGCCUACCUGGAACACAGCCCUGCUUGCCGUGCUGUCCCUCAUGGUGCCUGCUCUCAGUAUGUGCCAGUCCACAGGCCCUGAGUUGGGCUCGGCUAACCCACAGAACUGUCCAGGUGUGUGCUCCUGCACUAACCAGCUCAGCAAGGUGGUAUGUACCCGCAGAGGACUGAUUCGGGUUCCCCCGAACAUCCCAGCCAACACCAGAUACCUGAACUUAAUGGAGAACAGUAUAGAGACCAUACAAGCGGAUACCUUCAGACAACUGCGUCAUCUGGAGGUACUCCAGUUGGGUAGGAAUGCUAUCAGGCAGAUUGAAGUGGGGGCCUUCAAUGGUCUGACCAGUCUCAAUACCCUGGAGCUGUUUGACAACAGACUGACAGUCAUACCCAGUGGAGCUUUUGAGUAUCUGUCAAAGUUAAGAGAACUUUGGCUUCGAAACAAUCCAAUUGAGAGCAUCCCAUCUUAUGCCUUUAACCGUGUCCCCUCACUCAUGAGACUGGACCUUGGAGAACUGAGAAAGUUGGAAUACAUCUCUGAUGGGGCAUUUGAGGGCCUUUAUAACCUUAAAUAUCUGAAUUUAGGCAUGUGCAGUCUGAGGGAGUUUCCUAAUCUGUCACCUCUAGUGGGACUAGAGGAGUUGGAAAUAUCAGAGAAUGUUUUUCCUGAACUGAAGCCUUGGGCCUUUCGUGGGCUUAAGAAUCUACGUAAAUUGUGGAUUAUGAACUCUGCAAUUACAACUAUUGAGAGGAAUGCAUUUGAUGACAUCACAGCUUUGGUGGAGCUCAAUCUAGCCCAUAAUAACUUGUCAUCCCUCCCCCAUAACCUCUUCACCCCUCUUCAGUACCUAGUGGAGCUACAUCUACACCACAACCCUUGGCGCUGUGACUGUGACGUAGUUUGGCUCUCCUGGUGGCUCAGAGAAUACAUUCCCACAAAUUCUACCUGCUGUGGACGCUGCCACACUCCAGUCCACAUGAGAGGAAGAUACUUGGUGGAAGUUGAUCAAACAACGUUUCAGUGUUCAGCACCAUUUAUACUUGAUGCUCCAAGAGAUCUAAAUAUCUCAGCAGCAAGAGUGGCAGAACUGAAGUGUCGCACAGCUGCCAUGAGCUCAGUCCGAUGGCUUCUCCCCAAUGGGACUGUGUUGACCCAUGGCUCCGCUCACCCAAGGAUAUCUGUCCUUAAUGAUGGAACACUCAACUUCUCCAAUGUUCUACCAUCAGAUACAGGGGUCUACACAUGCAUGGUGAGCAACAUGGCAGGAAAUUCCAAUGCGUCAGCCUACCUAAAUGUUAGCAAUGCCGAACUCAACACAUCAAAUCUCUCUUACUUUACCACUGUAACAGUGGAAGUGUUGGAUCCCACAGUAGAGGAGACCCCUAAACCCAAGCCCACUGUCCCUGCCUCGCCGUCAGUCUUUCAACCCGUCUUUAUCUCUACGCCUACUGUGUUGUUUCAGAGCACUCAGACUCCAAGGCAGGUAUCAAUCCCCACUGCCAGAAUCCCCAGUGGGCCAGCUGCAAGUCUGGAUGAAGUGAUGAAAACCACCAAAAUCAUCAUUGGCUGUUUUGUAGCCGUUACGUUACUGGCGGCUGCCAUGUUGAUAGCAUUCUAUAAACUGCGCAAGAGGCACCAACAGAGGAGUACGGUGGCAGCAGCCAGGACAACAGAAUUCAUACACAUGGAGGAACAAGUUCCUUCUGUUCCACCAACAACAUCUGGAUCUAGUGGCUCUGCUGACACGGGGAUGGUACUACCAACAAGGGUGGAACACAACAGCAACGCCUUUAAGCCUGGGUACAUGUCUUCUUCCUCCUCUUCCCGACAAGGGAGCUAUGGAGCCCACUGGACCCAGAACAACUCUCUUCAUCGCUCAGUCAGACAUCAUCACAGCCACAUCAGCACCAUUGCUGAUCCCUACGUCAUUAAGACUACUCAUGGGAAGGAGAAGGUUCAGGAGACCCAAAUCUGAGUAAUGCUCCCUAUUGAUCUUUGUCUGACUCUGACCAAACCUUUCUUCUCCUAUUCGCUCACCAGUUCAUGCAAUAUUAUGCACAAAGAGCAAAAUUGUCAUUUUCUUUUGUACAGAAGUGCAAAACAGACAUAUUUUUUCUUGUACAUGCCUAUACAUAAGUAUAUAAAUAUUAAAAAAUAUAAAUAUAUAUAAAUGAAACUACCAUCAGACAGUGGUGAAACAUGCAGAUUAUAUUGAAAAAGAAAGUCAUUUGGAAAUAUUUUCUAAUAACUGGUGACAUAUAUUUAAAAGAAAAAAACAUAAUAAAUCGCUUUUUGACUGAAAAUAGAAAGUUGUACUGUCUGUUGUAGGAAACGAUGCUUUUAGUUGUUUUUGACCCUAUUUAGGACACAGUAAAGACUCACAAAGGCACCAGUUCCUAAAAACAGUUUCCAAAAUGCAGGUUCCAGUUUUUACUGUGCCAAAUAUUAUAUGCAAUAAAGCAGUAUUUCCAGACUAAGGAACACACACACACACACACACACAAAAAAGAAACAAAAACACAAGCAAAAUCAGGAUAGAUACAAACAUUUGUCCAAUAGCAGCAAACUGGCACACAUAGAUUGGGCUGUUCAGUAGCUAUAACCCAAAUGCUUUUGGACUGCAGUGAAUUUCUGCAGCUAAGUUUUAACCCUCUGUUCGCUGGAGCUACGCUGUGUUUCUUUGACAGUACCCCAGUGCUUCUUUUGUAGCUUAUCUAAAACUGUUUAUUUAGUGUCCACAUGAAUCCCCACCCAUUCAACUGGCAAAGUGUGGAAUGCAGGUUAAUAACAGUUGUGAAAAAUAUAUUGUUCUCUUAUUGGUUGCAUUUUUUUCCCCUAGGUUUGACAUGCUUCCUAAUUGCUUGUGUAGUGUUUACGGCUAAUUUAGUAAUGCAUUACAGCAGCUGCCUAACUUGUCUCUGCAAGGGCUCAUUCCGAUGCUAAUUUUUCAAAGAAAAAGACAUGUGGUGCAGCGAUACAGGGCUUUGCUGACCAUUCUGCUUUUGGAGUUAAAAAAAAGAAAAAGAAAAAAAAAGAGAAAAAUGGAAUACACAGAGGAUUAAAGUGAAACAAGUGAAUGUCUGAUACUGGGGCUUUUCCAUGGACUACAUUGAAACCUUAUGUUGUCUUUUCUUUUCACAUUUUAUUUUCAGCAACAUUAUUUUUAUGGAGAGACAAAGAAAGCUAUGAAAAUGACAAUAAUGAUAAUAAUAAUAAUAAAAACCGUAGGUUUGUAUUUCUGUAAUCAGAAAGACUUUCAUCUGAUGUUUUUUUUUCUUCUUGUUAUAUUUCCUUUUGUGUGAAAGAUGUUUACUCGUAAAGG